AUGGGUUAUUUUGUUCGUCAACGUCAUGUCGUAUAUUACGCAAUCAUGCACAAGUAUAGAGGGCCGGUUUUCAUCAAACCCAGCCCAAUGACGUACGAUGAGCUCAAAAUCGCCGUGAAAGAGAACAAGAAGAGAGAGCUCGUAUUGACGCAGAUUUGUGGACAAGAGGAGAAAGGACGAACUACUUUCACCACUUACUGGGAGCGAAUUCCUGGCAUUGAUUAUGAAGUGUGGUUUCCUGGCAAUGACGAUGCGACUUCACAGCGACUGAAAUUUGAGCGUGACGGUCAUCGGCUGGCAUAUCUAUGCGGCUAUUCCGAAAACGGCAGAGGGAGGUACGUGGGAGUCUGGCAAACACGAAGAUCGGAUCCGGUUCACUAUGAAGCUCACUAUGGUCUCACUUUGGAUUCAUGCAUGCUCAGAAACAAACUGCUCACCUCUAAAGGAUAUAUAGCAACCUUAUUCAGUGUCUUCAGCAACAAAAAUCAGGUGCUGUGCACGGGCAUAUGGGAACAGCAAGAGGGCCGUAAGAGCUUCAUCGUUAUUGGCGAAGAUCUGAAACAAAUCAAGUUCCAAGGAAAUCCAAAAUGCCUUCCACGACAGAUUUCCCAUUUUGUUGACAAGCUAGGGGUCGUCAAGUACGUGGUUUUAUGGAGUGAUCACCAUUCCAAUCGCUAUCCUGAUGUAGAUCCUCUAUGGAACAAGAGGGAAAUUCCUGUACGUUUUCUUCAAGGAUCACCGGAUUUGCUGUCGGAAACACAAAUGGACUUUCUAAUACAGAGAGUUGAACAUUUCAUGCGCGAUCUGAACAUCCCUGGUCUAUCGAUCGCCAUUUCCAAGCGAGAGCAACUCAAAUUUGCGGCUGGUGUGUUCCUUCAGUUUUUU